AUGGCUGCAAACACAAGACACCACCUCAAACUCUCUCUCCCCCGGCCUGAGUUCCUCCAGCACAAGAAGAGCCAGCGUCUCCCGCCUACGCCCGAAGAAGGCGAGGAAUUCCAGUUCGAAGCUCAUGAGGGCGGCGACUCCGCCGAGGACGCCACAGAAUGGAUCAAGAGCACCAUUCGCGAGCAGGGACGCUGGGAAAGGCACAUGUCACUCAUCCGCAUCGACUGCCCGCACACCAUGACCGAGCUCCGACAGCUUGGCAGGCUGUCAAAGUCUGACGGCACGAGGCAGUGCCGCAAGAUGAUCCGCAUCCCGGUGCUGUACGACGAAAUCGGCUGCUUCCUGUGGGAGAAGCUCGCGGCCCUGGAGCGCGGGCCAGACUUUGGGAGGGAAGACGAGGAGAGGGCGGCCGACUACGCGAGGGGAGUGACCUACAGAACAAGGAUGGCGGCGCUGGACGAGCGCUUCCGCUUUGACGCGCCAGCGUCGACUUCUGCCAGCAGUGGUACCACCGCGAGAAGGGGCCGCGCCAGACAGGACAGCGAGCCGAUCUCCCCGAAGCAUAUCCAGCAGGCACAAGCCGAGCUGUCCGACGUUUCCGGGCCCAUCACCACCCACCAGUCGAGGCCCAACACUUCCCCUACAUGCCACUUUUGCCCGUCCGGGAGCACCAGAGAGCACCCCACCAUCCCUACCGAUAUCACCGCCGACGCCCUGGGCGCGACGCGCGGCAGAGUCGUCGAUCACCAAACGCCGUCAUCACGCGGAGGUCAAGUGCAGACACGGCUGAGCCGCUCUGCAAGCCAGUCCUCGAGCCGGACACGGCGGCCCUCCGCCUUCUUCAACUACAGCAGGAGCAGCAGCCACACGAGCACCCUGCACUGGCGGCACGACCGGCAGGGCUCGACCGUGUCCUGCUCCGCAGGGGCCAACGGCAGGAGCGCAAGCGCCAGCAGCGGCAGUGGCUCGGCGCAGGGCGGGCGGUCUCGGGAUGCCAGCCUCAGCGGCCGGGUCGGGUGCGUGGUGGGGAACCUCGGCAGGGAGGUCGUGGUCGCGAUCGGCGGUGGGUUGGCCCAUGGGUAUGGCUAUGGGGGCCGGGCGGACCGGAACGGGUCUUUCAGGUCUGUUUGA